AUGAGCUGGAACAUGGCACUGCUGGGAAGGUCCUGCUUGUUGGCUGUGAAGAAGGUUUGGUUUACUUAGUGGCUGUGGAGAGUCGCUCUCUCAUGGGCUCAUUCUCACUUGGUGCAGCAGUCCUCUCUGUGUGUUGGGCCUCUUCCACUCUAGGGGUCGUGGGCUUGAGUAAUGGCUGCCUGGAUGUCGUUGAUGCUGCGACACUUACAACUCGACCUUUGGCUCACCACAGUGCCUCACCAGUGGAGAGUUUGACUCCUCAUGCAGGAGGAGUGUUGGCUGGAAGACGGGAUGGCACCUGUCAGUUCUACACUCUGGAUGGCUCAAGUCCAUACCAGCUCACUGGCUCUGACUGUGAUCCUAUUUACAAAAUUUCUAGUGACUCUAAUUAUAUUUAUACAGCAUGCAGGGAUGGAGUAAUUAGAAAGUAUAGGAGCAGGGAUAUAAAUGUCUGAGUUGGAACAAGAAGCAUUGAGUAGCAUUAAAUGUUUGAAUGCCAGAACAUACACAAGAUUUAUUAAUACAGUAAAUAAAUCCUCUGUAGAUGUUCAAUAUGGGGAAAGAAUUGGGUGCAUGGGUGAACUAUCAUGAGGAAGAAAAUGGAAAUAUGUAAGAGCAAUAAUUCACAUUUAAUAAAUUGCACAUACA